AAACGCACUCCGUUAAAUGUAAGGAAAAUUGGUCGAAAAAUUCUUCAUUAUCAAAAUGACAGAUUGGAGUGAGCCAAUCAGAAAGAAAGGAUUCGUUCUUAACUUCCAAACUAAAAAACUACAGGAAAUAAGUGACAGACAUAUUACAAAUCCUUGUCGGUCAGUGGAGGAAUAUGAAAAGCUUAAUAUGCUUGGUCAAGGUACAUAUGGUGUUGUUUAUCGUGUGCGUGAUAAAAAGACUAAGAAAGAGUACGCUUUGAAGAAAGUGAAAGUGGAUCGAGAUUUGUUUCGCGAUGGAUUUCCAGUUGCUUGUCUUCGAGAGAUAUCAAUACUUAAGUCAUGUAAACAUGAGAAUAUAGUGGAUCUCAAAGAGGUUGUGGUUGGCGAACAGCUGGAAAAAAUCUUUUUAGUGAUGGAAUAUUGUGAACAAGAUCUCGCAUCACUUUUGGAUAAUCUUGAAAAACCUUUUUCGGAAUCAGAAGUUAAAUGCAUAAUAAUGCAACUUCUGCGUGGUCUUGAAUAUUUGCAUGGACAUUAUAUAAUUCAUCGAGACAUUAAAGUCAGCAAUUUACUUCUGACCGACACAGGAUGUCUGAAAAUUGCUGACUUUGGUUUAGCGAGAACUUUCAGCGUUCCACAAAAGUCAAUGACCCCAGGCUUAGUAACACUUUGGUAUCGGCCACCAGAACUUUUAUUGGGAUCUCCAAAUCAAUCAACGGCAAUUGAUAUGUGGGCUGUGGGAUGCAUUUUAGGUGAACUUCUCUCACACAAACCGCUUCUACCAGGCACCAGUGAGAUUUCUCAAAUAAAUUUGAUUGUGGAUUUGUUGGGGACGCCAAGCGAAAGUAUUUGGCCAGGAUUCAAAGAUUUACCAGCUCUUCAGAACUUCAAUUUAAGGCAACAACCUUACAAUAAUUUAAAGACAAGAUUUCCAUAUUUGUCUCAAGUUGGUCUUCGAUUGCUGAACUUUCUCUUCAUGUACGAUCCAAUGAAGCGAGCGACCGCUGUAGAAUGUCUUCAAUCAAGUUACUUCAAAGAAGCACCAUUACCUGCUGAUCCUAAACUAAUGCCAAGUUUUCCACAACAUCGUAACUUGAAAGCAUCGACAUCAUCAAUGACAAGUGGUAGGACAAGAACUCAAGAGAGAGUUGGCAAUUCCAACAUUUCUGACAUACUUGGAAAUGUUUUAAAAAAGAAACGAUUUGAAUAAAGAAGUUUUGUUGCUGGUUUAUUUUCUAAUUUCUUUUAACAACUACUGAUCUCGUAAUAAAACAACCUUUAAAGAUAUUUACGGUCCAUUAGAGUUUUCUUAAAAUUAUGUUUCUUAUCUCUGGCUCUUGGAUACCAACGAUGUUUUGUGGUAAAAGUCAGUCGAGCUAAUUCUUCUCGUGCAAAGUCUGGGUGGCUAUGUUUCCAUGCUAAUUUAGCUUUCUCAAUUUGUUGUUCUUUCAAUAGUGAUUGACUUUUCUGUUCAAUUUUUGUUGGAAGCGGCCUCGUGAAUUCAUAUGGAACUUCUUUCUUCGGAUGCCAUGCAAAAAAUGCUGUCCCAUCUUGAGAUUCUGCUAAAGACUCAACAUAAGCUCUGUUUCUGUUAGGAUUUUCCGGUCCAUAAACUUUGAAACGUGCAAGGUAUCUGCAAGUUUGAGAAAAAAAUCUUUUUGUUGUGAAC